UCACUAGCUAGAGGGACUAGUAGUAGGUAGUAGUAGAGGAGAACAGCCACUCAGCCAGCCCCCUUUACUUGCACACAAUAGACAACCUCGAACAGAAAAGAAGCAGUUUUGCCGUCCGAGAUGAGCCGCCACUGUGUGACUCUCCCUGUGAUCAUCUUUGGAUUACUGCAGAUGGCUGUGGCUCUCUACUCUAAUCCAAGUUCAACGCAUCCGAACUGCACGGAGAGAUGUGGCAACGUCAGUAUCCAAUAUCCUUUCGGCAUCGGAUCCGGCUGCUUCCGGCAGCCCGAUUUCAGCCUCACCUGCGACGACGGCGGCGGCGGCGGCGGCAACCAGCCGCCCAAGAUCUUUCUGCAUGACGGCAUCACCGAGGUCUUGCCCGAUUCCGGUGGCACGGUGGGUCUGUCAAGGCUUAUUGAUGUAGCCAUUUCCCACACCAUCUUUAUGGCACCUGGUAUUCCUAGUUACAACUUCUCGUGGAAUCUCAGUUCUUUCACUAUGUUUGACGGCUCAUUCAACGUAACUGGGUGUGACUUCGAUAUAUAUAUUCAAGAACCGGGCACGAAUGGUUCCUUAUGGCCAUGUACAAAUCGCUGCCCCCAAAGCAUCACCACCGAGACGGUGGCCAGACAUGACUGCAAUGGAACUGGCUGCUGCAUUGUUUACCUUGGAAUUAGUGUUCGUGAUUUCCAGCUCAAAUUUGUGCGCCACGAUAAUGGCGCUAGAGGUGAUCAUGAUGCUCUCUCUAAUGGAAGCGCCCUGUGGGAUACAAUUAACAUUACCAGCAACUGGGCCCAAAUAUACUGGGAUAUAGAUGAUCAACCGACAUGCGCCAGAGCGAAGGAAAAGAAUAUAAACUACGCAUGUGUCAGCAACCACAGCCAAUGCUUUGACGAUGAAGUGUUUGAUGUUGGUUAUAGAUGUGCUUGUAACAGCGGUUACGUAGGCAAUCCCUUUGUAGUUGAUGGCUGCAAGCGUGACGAAGGAUAUAGUCCAAAUCAACUGAAGGAGAACUGCUCGAGGUCCUGUGGUAAUAUCAGUGUUCCAUAUCCCUUUGGUUUAGAGGAAGGCUGCUCUGCAAGGAAGCUAUUUAAACUCAACUGCACAAAUGCGACAGCGUCUAUGCUCCAAUUCGAUGACGACCGUGUUGUGGCGUUUAUAAAUGUUACAGGGAGUCUCGUGGGCAUCAGGUUUACCUCACAAUUCGAAGAUGGUCAGCUUGGGAUAUAUGUAUCAGGUGAACCCGAUCUCUUUAUGGGUCUUGGGGAAUCAGUGGUCUCAAUGCACUGGGCAGCUGCCAAUCUUACAUGCGACGAGGCCCUGAAAAAUAAAUCACAAUAUGCAUGUUGUUCAAACAGCAAAUGUUUAGGAGUCAAUUCAAAGGAUGGUUAUAUUGGAUACAGAUGCAAAUGCUUAGAUGGUUUCCAAGGAAAUCCAUAUAGCAUCAGUGAUGGUUGUGAAGAUAUCGAUGAAUGUAAAACACAACACAUUUGCAAAGAGAACGAGGUAUGCAACAAUGUUGCAGGGAGCUACUACUGCACCAAAACAACAAAACAGCAGGGUCUUGUUUUGGGUGUGAUUAUUGGGCUUUGUGUUGGCUUUGGCAUUCUAGUAUCUUGCUUGGGCGGGAUGCUUGUCAUCCGUAGAUGGAAAAGGGACAUUCAAAAGCAACUACGGAGAAAAUACUUUAGAAAAAACCAAGGACUUCUCCUAGAACAACUAAUAUCAUCUGAUGAGAAUGCCCGCAACAAUACGAAGAUUUUUUCUCUGGAAGAGCUCAAGAAGGCUACAAAUGACUUUGAUACAUCACGCAUACUUGGACGUGGAGGCCAUGGAAUGGUUUACAAAGGAAUCUUGUCGGAUCAGCGUGUGGUAGCAAUAAAAAUUUCCAAGAUCAUGGAGCAAGGUGAAAUCGACAGUUUUAUCAAUGAGGUCGCCAUUCUUUCUCAGAUAAACCACCGCAACAUAGUACGACUCUUCGGAUGUUGUCUUGAAACUGAGGUCCCACUUCUUGUGUAUGAUUUCGUAUCUAAUGGUUCUUUGUUCGAAAUUCUCCAUGCCGCUGAGGCAAGCAACGAUUUCCAGUUGUCUUGGGACGAUUGCUUAAGGAUUGCAUUAGAGGCUGCAGGGGCACUUUAUUAUCUCCAUUCUUCAGCUUCAGUCUCAAUCUUCCACCGUGAUGUCAAGUCCUCGAAUAUACUUUUGGAUGGAAACUACACUGCAAAAGUUUCAGAUUUUGGUGCGUCAAGGUUGGUUCCUAUUGACCAAACCCAUGUUGUUACGAAUAUUCAAGGCACUUUUGGCUACUUAGAUCCUGAGUACUACCACACUGGGCAACUAAAUGAGAAAAGUGAUGUGUAUAGCUUUGGAGUGGUACUUGUGGAGCUACUCCUUCGAAAGAAGCCGGUUUUUACAAAUGAGACUGGGACAAAGCAAAAUCUGUCCAACUAUUUCCUUUGGGAAAAGAAGAUGAAACCUGUUACAGAGAUAGUGGCUUCUCAAGUUCUCGAGGAAGCAACAGAGGAAGAAAUUAACAUGGUUGCCUCCCUUGCCGAGAAGUGCUUGAGACUCCGUCACGAAGAAAGACCUACAAUGAAGCUAGUAGAAAUGACUCUACAGUUUUUGCGAGCAGAGCGGUUGAACUCAAGUAGUGAUGUUCCUGCGAGCAAGCAAGAGGUGGAAGAACUUUUGGGUACAAGCACUUCCUAUUCUGACACUUUGCUGGACAAUAAAGCUGCUACAACAUCCCAACAAUCAAAGGGAUAUUAUAGUUUGGAGCAGGAGUUUGCUUCUACUACUCUACCACGUUAGAUUUGUCACUCGAGUGUGAAUUAUUACCGUUGUCAUUUACGUUAUAAUUCGUGAACCAAACAACACCUCCGUGCGUUGUCAUUUACUUGUUAUUCUGUCAUGAAAAAGUAUAUUGACUAUGGCAGCAAACGUAGCAGCACCUUGAAACACAUUAUUACAGAUUCUUCAGUUCAUUCUGAAUAAUCUUCCCAGAGCACUGUCUAUUAGAUAUCAUCUUCUUCAUCUCUAUUCUGCAACAACAAGACCAUAUGUUGUAGAGUAGAUGCUAGGAUGUCACCACCAUCGUCUGGACUAGUUCUUUCAUCCCGUGCUCA